AUGACUCGAGAAAGCAUCAUAUGCAUUGUUCAACAUGGAAGAUUGUUGAUACACACAAAUAUCAUGGAAGAGGACAAUACUUCCACAGUGACACAGUUUCUCCUCCUCGGAUUCUCUGACCUUCCCAACCUCCAGGGUCUUCUAUUUGGAAUGUUCUCUAUAAUGUAUGUAAUUAUCCUAUUUGGAAAUAGCUUCAUAAUUGUGAUAACCAGAAUCGAUCCUGCACUACACAAUCCCAUGUAUUUUUUCCUGUCAAAUUUCUCUUUUCUGGAAAUCUGUUAUGUUUCAGUCACUCUCCCUAGGGUUCUGUAUAGCAUUUGGACCCAGGACAGAAGCAUUUCUCUUCUGGCCUGUGCCACACAAAUGUGUUUCUUCCUAAUGCUGGCAGCUACAGACAGUAUACUCCUGGCUGUGAUGUCCUAUGACCGCUAUGUGGCUAUCUGCAACCCUCUGCACUAUCCUUUGGUCAUGAACCAGACAAAAUGCACACAGCUGGCAGUGGGCUCCUGGCUUGGUGGAUUGCCUUUCCAGCUAGGGCAAACUUAUCAGAUAUUCUCUCUACAUUUCUGCAACUCUAACCUGAUAGAUCACUUCUUCUGUGACAUACCUCCUGUACUUAAGCUGGCCUGUGGAGAUACUUCUGUUAACGAGUUGUACGCCUAUGCAGUGGUUAUCUUGCUAGCUACAAUCCCUUUUUUAUUAAUAUUAACAUCAUACAGCAAAAUUAUUGCAACCAUCCUUAGGUUGCCAACUGCUGAAGGACGGGCAAAAGCCUUCUCUACAUGUUCCUCACAUCUGGUGGUGGUGCUUUUGUUUUAUGGAUCUGCAUCUAUUACCUACUUAAUGCCAAAGUCAUCACAUUCUGCAUUAAGUGACAAACUCCUCUCUCUUUUUUACACCAUUGUGACCCCCAUGUUCAACCCCAUGAUAUACAGCCUUAGGAACAAAGAAGUGAUUGCAGCUCUGAGAAGAUUAUUGCUUAGAGCAUAG